AUGGCACCACCACCGCCGCCCUCGUACACCAAGGUCACUCACUCUGCCUCAUAUGCUAGUAUCAAUCCAACUCAGCCCAGCCUGUCGACUACAAACAAGGUUGUGCUGAUCACUGGCGCAUCUGGCGGCAUCGGCCGAGCCACAGCCUCAUCCUUUGCUGCGCCGGCCACGAUUGUCCGCGCCAGCAAUGCAGAGGUUUUGAUACAAACCUACGAGGCUGAGCUGUGCGAUGCUUCGAGCGUACGCAAUGCCAUGAACAAGGUGGCUACCGAGUUUGGCGGCAUUGAUAUCCUCGUGCACUGUGCUGGCAUCCUGGCCCCCGUUGUUCCGCUUCUGGAAGCUGAUCCGGCUACUUUCCUGGACGGCUAUAAGACUACCGUUAUCGCUACAUUGGUGACAGCACAGGCUAUUAUCCUGGCAAACAAGGAAGUCAGCCCCAACGAGGACAAGCCAAUCACUUUUAUCAAUAUGACCACAGCCGGCAUCUUGUUUCCCCCGUUCACUGGCAUGGGCGCAUAUGUGAGCAGUAAGAUGGCCGCCGUCAAGCUCUUACAGUCCUUUGCCGCCGAGAACCCACAAAUCCGCCUUCACAAUGUGCAUCCUGGAUUCAUUGACACGGCUAUGUCUGCUAAGCUGUCAGAGUCGAUAAAAUUGCCAUUUGCCCACGAUGACAGUCAGUAUAAACAUAUCUUGUCCUCUGUGGCUAAUCUGUUUUUCAUCCAAAUCACUAACGAGAAUUCUUUUUUUUUUUGCAGUCUCUCUCCCCGCGGAUUUCCUUGUCUGGGUUGUCUCUCCCGAAGCAGAGUUUCUUAA